AUGGCGUCGCAUCCCGUGACCACGAUUGAUCCAAAGGAUACGGAUACGUUCAAGCAACUGGGCCAUGCUUGGUGGGACAGGAGCGCGGAAAUGUACCCGCUCCACCAUCUGAACCCAGCUCGCCUGGCAUACAUUGCACGCAAGAUCUGUGAGCACCACGAGCGCAGUACGACACACAUUCAGGAAGCCAUUGAUGCCUACUACGCCGACUUGAAGGAGCUCGAGGGAAAAGGUCUCAAGUAUACGGACCAAGCACAGACGGCACUUGUGCAACCGCGGCUACCGGCCGCCCAUCGCCCUUUGGCCGGAAUCAGCGUGUUGGACAUUGGUUGUGGAGGUGGCAUUCUGUCCGAGUCGAUGGCCUACCUCGGCGCCGAGGUCAAAGGCAUUGAUUCCGUGGGUGAAGCACUUCCCAUUGCUCGCGUACAUGCUCGCGCCAUGGGGCUCUCCGUCGACUAUGAGCAAGUAACUGCAGAGGCCUUGGCGGCGCGUGGUGCCCAGUACGACGUGGUCUUGGUCAUGGAGGUGAUUGAGCACGUGGCCAACGUGCCGGUAUUUGUGGAUGCCAUGGUGCAGCUGACCAAGUCGCGCGAAAUGCUGAUUUUGUCAACGCCCAACCGCAACUGGUUGAGCUGGCUCAUUGUCAUUUUUGCAGCCGAGGAUGUCCUGGGCCUCAUUCCCAAAGGCAUGCAUACUUACUCCCAGUUUAUCCGACCCGAGGAGCUGCUGCAGCUUACCGCACCUCGUGGCCUCACGGCGAUUGAUCGCCAAGGCUUUGUUCUCGACGUCUUCCGGUGGCGAUGGUUUGUCUUGCCCUUUGACUGGGUCGACUACAUUGUUACCUUUAUCAAGAAUCCCCAGUGA